AAAAGAAAGAAAGAAAGAAAGAAGGGAAUAGGGUCCUUAUCUGGAAGGCAUGAGGCUGGAGAUGGAUAAUCUCGAUGACAGCCUUACCCAACAGAAGCGCCUCUCUUAACAGAUAGGAAUCGGAAUCCCUCCCACUCCUUCCGCUCACCGUCUUGCUAUGUCCACUCUCUCCAACCCCUUCUUCUUUUUCUACUCUUCUCCUCCACCCACCCUCCGUUUUCACUCGCCCUCCACACGCCCUCGCCCCCUCUCUCUCCGUCCCAAGGCCUCUGCGGCCGCCCCCGUUGAGCCUCCCCCCGUUCCAGCUAAAUCAGUCGAGAAUGUGGUGAUCAUAGGUUCAGGUCCUGCUGGAUAUACGGCAGCAAUAUAUGCAGCUCGUGCCAAUUUGAAGCCUGUAGUGUUUGAGGGAUAUCAAGUUGGUGGUGUUCCUGGAGGCCAGUUGAUGACUACCACUGAAGUGGAGAACUUUCCUGGUUUUCCUGAUGGAAUAACUGGUCCAGAUUUGAUGGAUAGGAUGCGACGACAAGCUGAGCGUUGGGGAGCAGAAUUGUUCCAAGAAGAUGUGGAACACAUUGAUGUUAAAAACAAUCCAUUUACAAUACGGAGUAGUGAACGCGAGGUUAAGUGUCACAGCAUGAUUUUUGCCACAGGAGCUACAGCAAAAAGGCUCAGGUUACCCCGUGAAGAUGAAUUUUGGAGUAGGGGAAUUAGUGCUUGUGCAAUUUGUGACGGAGCAUCACCAUUGUUUAAAGGUCAAGUGCUUGGUGUGGUUGGAGGAGGUGAUACAGCUACAGAGGAAGCAUUGUACUUAACUAAGUAUGCUCGUCAUGUUCAUUUACUUGUUCGUAAAGACCAACUAAGAGCAUCGAAAGCAAUGCAAGAUAGAGUUUACAACAAUCCAAAUAUCACAUUGCACUUCAAUACAGAGACUGUGGAUGUUGUUAGCAAUAUGAAAGGUCAAAUGUCGGGCAUAUUAACCAAAAGAGUUGAUUCUGGGGAGGAAUCUGUGCUCGAGGCAAAAGGCUUGUUUUAUGGUAUAGGACAUUCGCCAAAUAGCCAGCUGCUGCAAGGCCAAGUCAAACUUGACAGCUCAGGGUAUGUGCUAGUAGAGGAGGGUAGUGCUAAAACUUCUGUAGAAGGUGUAUUUGCAGCAGGAGAUGUGCAGGACCACCAGUGGAGACAAGCCAUAACUGCUGCUGGAUCUGGAUGCAUUGCAGCUUUGUCUGUUGAGCGGUACCUAGUUAGCAAUAAUCUCCUUGUUGAAUUUCAUCAGCCUCAAACUGAAGAGGUUAAGAAGGAGCUGACAGAUAGAGAUGUUCAAGAAGGUUUUGACAUUACACUAACAAAACAUAAGGGUCAGUAUGCCUUGCGAAAGUUGUAUCAUGAGAGUCCAAGGCUUAUAUGCGUAUUAUAUACUGCACCAACUUGUGGUCCAUGUCGGACUUUGAAGCCAAUUCUUAGCAAGGUGAUUGAUGAAUUUGAUCAGAAUGUACAUUUUGUUGAAAUUGACAUUGAGGAAGAUCCAGAAAUUGCAGAAGCUGCUGGAAUUAUGGGCACCCCAUGCGUGCAAUUUUUCAAGAAUAAGGAGAUGAUCAGGACUGUGUCAGGGGUCAAAAUGAAGAGAGAGUACAGAGAAUUCAUUGAAGUGAAUAAAUGAGAGUAUUUUACUGCUUGCUAUUAUAUCAUCAUUUUGUCAUUCAAUUUUGUUCUGAAAAGUUAUUUGAAUAAUGCUUCAAUUUUAAAAUGAUAUCUUGUAUUGAUCAACUACACUGUAGAUUACACAUGCAGAGUUGCCAAUGCAUUGUGACGGUUUUUUGUUCUCCAAUCUUGUGCUUCAGUAAUAUGUAUAUUUUGCAUUCAGUUAGGAAUGUUGUUUACAAGGUGGACUACGUGCUCCUGACUAGAAUAAUUGGCAGCUAUUCUGUAUUCAA